GCUGUGCGCACCGCUCAGGGCGGCAAGCUCCACAUCAUUGAAGUGGGCACGCCCCCCACCGGCAAUCAACCGUUUCAAAAGAAAGCCGUGGAUGUGUUCUUUCCGCCCGAAGCCCAAAAUGAUUUUCCCGUCGCCAUGCAGGUGAGCACCAAACAAGGCGUGGUGUAUCUCAUCACCAAGUAUGGUUACGUCCAUCUGUACGACGUGGAGUCGGCCGUUUGCAUCUAAAUGAAUCGAAUCAGUGCGGAAACCAUUUUUGUGACGGCGCCACAUGAACCAACGAACGGUAUCAUUGGCGUGAAUCGAAAAGGCCAAGUCCUCUCUGUGAGUGUGGACGAAGAUAACAUUAUCAACUACAUCAAUGGCAACCUCCAAAACCCGGACAUGGCGCUCAGAUUUGCCGUGCGGAACAACUUGGGAGGCGCGGAUGAGUUGUUCGUACGCAAGUUCAAUAGUUCGUUCAGCAAUGGCAAUUAUUCUGAGGCUGCCAAAAUCGCUGCCAAUGCUCCCAAGGGAAUUCUGAGGACACCCCAAACCAUCAGUAAGUUCCAACAGGUUCCAACUCCGGCUGGUCAAACCUCGCCGCUUCUCCAAUACUUCGGCAUCCUUUUGGACCAGGGCCAAUUAAACAAAUUCGAGUCUUUGGAACUCUGCCGGCCUGUUCUCCAGCAAGGUCGAAAGCAGCUGCUUGAGAAAUGGUUAAAAGAAGAUAAAUUGGAGUGCUCUGAAGAGUUGGGAGAUUUGGUCAAAGCUGCGGACCCGACCUUGGCUCUGUCCGUGUAUUUGCGGGCAAACGUCCCCAAUAAGGUGAUACAGUGCUUUGCCGAGACUGGCCAAUUCCAGAAGAUUGUCUUAUACGCCAAAAAAGUGGGCUACACCCCGGAUUAUCCAUUCCUGUUGCGAAAUGUCAUGAGAGUCAAUCCCGAGCAAGGCGCUCAAUUCGCCCAAAUGUUGGUACAAGAUGACGAGCCGUUGGCCGACAUCAACCAAAUUGUGGACAUAUUUAUGGAGCAGAACAUGGUACAACAAUGCACCUCAUUCCUAUUGGACGCGUUGAAGAACAACCGCCCCUCGGAGGGACCCUUGCAAACUCGUCUGUUGGAAAUGAACCUGAUGGCUGCACCUCAAGUGGCUGAUGCCAUCAUGGGCAAUCAGAUGUUCACCCACUAUGACCGACCUCAUAUUGCUUCCUUGUGUGAGAAGGCUGGUCUUUUGCAGAGAGCAUUGGAGCACCAUACCGAUUUGUAUGAUAUCAAGAGAGCUGUGGUGCAUACUCACUUGCUGAAACCGGAUUGGUUGGUUACCUUCUUCGGAACGUUAUCCGUGGAGGACUCACUCGAGUGUCUCAAGACCAUGUUGAACGCGAACAUCCGACAGAACCUUCAAGUUUGUGUUCAAAUCGCUACCAAAUACCAUGAGCAACUGACCACCAACGCCUUGAUCGAUUUGUUUGAGAGCUUCAAGAGCUUUGAGGGUCUCUUCUACUUCUUGGGAUCUAUUGUGAACUUCAGUCAGGAUCCCGAGGUGCACUUCAAGUACAUCGAGGCUGCUUGUAAAACUGGCCAGAUCAAAGAAGUGGAACGUAUCUGCCGUGAAAGCAAUUGCUAUAACCCUGAGCGAGUCAAGAACUUUCUGAAAGAGGCCAAGCUGACCGACCAAUUGCCUUUAAUCAUUGUUUGCGACCGAUUCGACUUCGUGCACGAUCUCGUGCUCUAUUUAUACCGAAACAACUUGCAGAAGUACAUCGAGAUUUACGUCCAGAAAGUCAAUCCCUCCCGUUUACCUGUUGUGGUUGGAGGCUUGUUGGAUGUGGAUUGCUCCGAAGACAUCAUUAAAAACUUGAUCACCGUAGUCCGAGGUCAAUUCAACACCGACGAACUCGUGGAGGAAGUUGAAAAACGGAACCGACUGAAACUAAUCCUUCCUUGGCUGGAGUCUCGAAUUCACGAGGGUUCUGAUGAGCCCGCAACACACAAUGCUUUGGCUAAAAUCUACAUUGAUUCCAACAACAAUCCCGAGCGAUUCCUCAAAGAGAAUCCAUACUACGACAGUAAAGUUGUGGGACGUUAUUGUGAAAAGAGAGACCCCCAUCUAGCCUGUGUGGCCUAUGAGCGAGGCGAAUGUGAUCGUGAACUUAUUGCUGUUUGCAAUGAGAACUCGUUAUUCAAAUCUGAGGCUCGCUACUUGGUUAAGCGUCGAGACAUGGAGCUGUGGGCUGAGGUGCUCAAUGAUGACAACCCUUUCCGUCGACCACUCAUCGACCAAGUGGUUCAAACUGCACUGGCCGAAACCCAAGAUCCUGAAGACAUUUCCGUAACCGUCAAGGCGUUCAUGGCAGCCGAUCUACCCAAUGAACUGAUCGAACUCUUGGAGAAAAUCGUCAUCGACAACUCUGUUUUCAGUGAUCACCGGAACCUGCAAAACUUGUUGAUCCUCACGGCCAUCAAGGCCGACAAGAGCAAAGUCAUGGAGUAUAUUGACCGUUUGGACAACUAUGAUGCCCCGGAUAUUGCAAACAUUGCCAUCCAAAGCCAACUCUACGAGGAGGCGUUCGCCAUUUUCAAGAAAUUCGAAGUGAAUACGUCGGCCGUCCAAGUGCUCAUUGAGAACGUGAAUAACUUGGACCGAGCUUAUGAAUUCGCUGAAAGAUGUAAUGAGCCCGCCGUUUGGACCCAAUUGGGAAAAGCGCAGCUGAAAGAGAAUAUGGUGAAAGAAGCUAUUGAUUCGUUCAUCAAAGCUAACGAUCCCUCGGAUUACAUGGAUGUGGUUGAGACAGCCCACAAGACAGAGAAUUGGGAAGACCUCGUGCGAUACUUGCAAAUGGCGAGGAAGAAGGCCAGGGACACUUACGUGGAGUCGGAAUUGAUAUAUGCUUACGCCAAGACCAGUAGAUUCGCGGACUUGGAAGAAUUCAUCUCUUCUCCAAACCAUGCCGAUGUUUCAAAGAUCGGAGAUCGAUGCUUCGACUCAGGAAUGUACGAGGCUGCCAAACUAUUGUACAAUAAUGUGUCUAACUUUGCUAAAUUGGCCAUCACCUUGGUUCAUUUGAAGGAAUACCAGGGUGCCGUGGACAGUGCUAGAAAAGCAAACAGUACACGCACGUGGAAAGAAGUUUGUUUCGCUUGUGUCGAGAAUUCUGAAUUCCGUCUGGCCCAAAUGUGCGGUCUACAUAUCGUUGUUCAUGCCGAUGAGCUGGAGGAUUUGAUCAAUUAUUAUCAGGAUCGGGGCUUUUUUGAGGAACUCAUGAGCUUAUUGGAAGCAUCGUUGGGCCUAGAACGAGCCCACAUGGGCAUGUUCACGGAAUUGGCCAUCUUGUACUCCAAAUAUAAGCCAAUCAAGCUGCGAGAGCAUCUCGAAUUGUUCUGGUCAAGAGUUAACAUUCCAAAAGUUCUUCGGGCGGCCGAGCAGGCUCACCUUUGGGCAGAACUUGUAUUCCUGUAUGAUAAAUACGAGGAGUUUGACAACGCUGUGUUGGCCAUGAUGGCCCAUCCGACAGAGGCAUGGAAAGAAUCGCAUUUUAAGGAUAUCAUCACCAAGGUGGCCAAUCUUGAGUUGUACUACAAGGCCAUUCAAUUUUACUUGGAUUACAAACCCAUGCUUCUUAAUGACUUGCUCUUGGUACUGGCUCCCCGCAUGGAUCACACCCGAGCUGUCAACUUCUUUACCAAGGUGAACCACCUGCAACUAGUGAAACCGUAUUUGAGAUCUGUUCAGAAUCUGAACAAUAAGGCCGUGAACGAGUCUCUGAAUGGACUCCUCAUCAACGAGGAAGAUUAUAAUGGGCUGAAGACUUCCAUCGAUGGUUUCGACAACUUUGAUAACAUUACGUUGGCCCAGCGAUUGGAGAAACAUGAAUUGAUUGAGUUCCGUCGCAUUGCCGCUUAUCUCUACAAGGGUAACAACCGAUGGAAGCAGUCAGUGGAGCUCUGCAAAAAGGAUAAUCUCUUCAAAGAUUCAAUGGAAUAUGCGGCAGAGUCUAAAAACGCCGAAGUGGCUGAAGAACUCCUGGCAUAUUUCCUUGAAAAGAAAGCAUACGAUUGUUUCGCAGCUUGUCUAUUUCAAUGCUAUGACUUGUUGCAUCCCGACGUGAUCUUGGAGCUUGCGUGGAAACACAAUAUUAUGGACUUUGCCAUGCCCUACUUGAUCCAAGUCAUGCGAGAAUAUACUUCAAAGGUCGACAAACUCAUGGAAUCGGAAACGACCCGACAAGCCGAGAAACAAGAGGAAGAAUACAAACCAGUCGUGAUGGAAACUCAGCCUCAAUUGAUGUUGACAGGACCCGGAGCCAUGAACUUCAAUCAUGGUGGCGUGCCGGGUGGGUCCUUUCCGCAGGCUGGAGCCAUGCCCUCGUAUCAAGGCUAUAGCAUGUAAAGCGUGCGAGAGAAAGAGUACUCUUCUUUCGGAACUAUCAAGAGAAACACUUCCCGCCAAGAAACAAGCAGCAAGGGAGUAAUUAAGAAUGAUGAUUUUUGUUGAGGGGCCAGGAGAUCCAGAUGCGUGAGAUUCCAUGGCCUUUGAUUGAUUGUAGUUUGGUGAUCGUUGAACUUCAAAUCGAAAUGUGCGAGAUCCUUCCUGGUUGACUUCCAAUUUCUCCACCGACGCGGAUGCCCGGAAAGCCGUGAAAAAUAACUGAAGCUUCGACCAGUCCCCUCACUUUACCUAGACUUGGUUUUUUUAUGUUCCAACUUUUUACGAUGAUGGUAGCGAAGCGUCAUUUGUUUAAACUUAUAGUUUCCGAAUUAUCCUUGUUAAUGUCCGCAAAUAUGCAAGAUGAUCAUAAAUAAACUUAUUCCAAUUUGA